GUGUGGAGAGUUUCAGGCAAGAACAACAUGGCAGACGAAAAGCGCGGUAUGGCUGACGAAGAAGUGAAAGAAGCUGACGGAACUUCUGUGCAGAAACUCAUCAACAAUGAAAGCUUUUAUUCGGAUGCGAAAAAUUACUGGUCACAUAUUAGCCCAACAGUAAAUGGUAUGCUUGGUGGAUUCGCAAAGAUUUCUCCCACAGAUAUAAAUGGUUCACGAGCAUUUUUACGACCAUUUUUGAAGAUGGGUGGUGGAAAAACCACUGCUGGACGAGCACUGGACUGUGGAGCAGGUAUUGGACGCAUCACAAAACGGCUGCUGCUUCCUCUGUUUGAAACUGUUGACAUGGUUGAACAGAGCCAAAGUUUUAUUGAUGCUGCCCCACAGUUUAUUGGUCAUGAUGCUGAACGUGUGGAACGCUUUCUUUGCUGUGGGCUGCAGGAUUUUGUUCCAGAAAAUGGUCGCUAUGAUGUCAUUUGGGCACAAUGGGUCUUGUCGCACCUGAGGGACGAUGAUCUUGUGUCAUUCCUGCAACGAUGUCGGACAGGCCUUGCACCAAACGGUGUCAUAAUUGUGAAGGAAAAUGUUGCUCAGGGACAAGAGAUAGUUUUCGAUGAUGAUGAUUCCAGCUUUACUCGACCUAGGGCCCACAUGGAAGAGGUUCUGGCAAAAAGUGGCCUGACUAUUAUCAAGAAAGAGAAACAAAAGGGUUUUCCAAAAGACAUUUUUGAAGUAUAUAUGUAUGCUCUCCAAUAGCUUUCUUGGUAUUUAAUCUGUCAUGUUUCUAUCUUCUUCAAAGUUCCCAGCCAUCAGUGUUUUUCUCUUAGCUCUGCAUUUAUAAAACUCUCAGUGUGUAAUGAUGGUGCAGGCUCAUCUUACUAAACAACAGGGAUACACUUUUGGAUUCUUUAUAUGCAGAUAACCAGUGCAACAUCUCUUGCAAGAAAUUUUGUCUUUGUUGCUUAAUUGGAGGUUUUUUGGGGUGGGGGGAGGUGCUGAGAUGAGUGGGGGAGCAAAGUGGUCAGUUGCUAAAAUCUGGCAUGUUGAUGAAAACAUUGUGAAUGAUUAAAGCAGGGCUGAAUAGCAUCAUUUUCCUUUGCUAAACUGUAGGUAGUUGAAGAACAUCUGAAAGAUUUGUGUAAACAUGGAGCAGCCUUUCUGAACUUUUUUUUUAACCUUGGAGAAAACCUUUAAAAAAGUAUUCAAUUCUCAGGGAGUUUGAGCAUACACAUUGUAUGUUGUACAGCUCACUGUAUGUUUAUGUGAUCAGUAAGUUGUGGAUGUGAUAAUCUGGUACUAGAGAAAGGUAUUUUUUUUUUCAUUCUAAUUUUAUCUUGCAGGAACCUAAGAGGUUGAGAUUGGCUGCAUUUCAUAUUGUCACAUUUUAUGCUUUUUACAAAAGUGGUUUUCUGAAGCAUAGCAUUUGGUUAUGCAGAGCAUCAUCUAAAGACAUUUUUCCAUUACUUUUGUAAUUUGAACAUGCAUCUUAGAUGCAUUGCUUAUAUACUCAUAUUAAACAGCCUACAUCUUACCUUUA